AUGAAAUCUCGACUAAAACCUCAGAACGUGUUGUCAUUUCCUUCAGUGAAUCCCGAAGAACAAGAGUUGGCGGUAGUGUUGGCCCUCUUGUGUCCCAAACACAAGAAGAUUGCGAUCAGUUGUACGACAGAAGCGAAGAAUAAGCGCUUCCUUUGGUUGCCUUUCGUUUCGGGAAAUCUCAACGAAACUCAAGAUUUCGUGGAUUUGAUUGAAAGAGGAAUUGAAGUGAUUUUCAGCGCAAAAGUGGAUUCAAAUGCAGACAACAGUCCAUCGCUUGGAAGCACUGAAAUACAGAUCAGAUCCGAAGGACCGGCCGUUGAAAGAGUGGUUCAACUGAUUAUCAUCGAUGACUCCGUCAAGUGUUGCCAAAACAAAGACCGAAUCCAAUGGAUGUCUGCGAAGGAAAUAAAGGCAGAAAUAGACAAAGGAAUCAAUGGUUGUCUUUGGGGUCCAGAAGUUCUUCGAGUGUUUCAUUUGGCGGUCAAACACUUCAAUCAGAUCUCAGAGAAGAGGGAAGACUUGGAGUUGGACUCAGACUACUAUUCGGGGUAUUAUUUGCACGAAAAGAGUGACAGAUAUUCAGUGAAGACUCCGUUUUCCAAAGAAGACAAUCAAUUGUUGUCUGAAGUGAACAUCACUGGAGAACAGAUCCAAAUACUUCAGACACUGUUUUACACGCAUUGCUUCCCGAGUAUAGGAAUGUCCGGCCAAUCAUUGUUCGAGUUUUUGGCAAAUUUGGGCAUAAAUUGGGACAAAGAAGAGAAGGAAAACCUCUUUAAGGCAUUCAAUACAAGCAAUACUGGAUUCAUAGGAUUCGACGAACUGGUGGUCGGAUUGGCAGCAAUGGAACCGCUCACAGAUCUCAAGCCAUUGGUGUCAAGGAAUCGCUUUGUAUUCAACAACUUCUGCGACAGAAAAGACAAACUCUUGAAGACUUCUUCUGUGAGGAAAAUGUUGACAAAAGUGAACACAAAAGACACUGAAAUGGAGAAGAAAUUGAAUGAAUUGAUGAGUGAUUCGCAAAAUGGCAUCACUUUUGAGAAAUUCAAUACUAAAGUGGUUUCAAAUGUGUUCAACAGUUUGUGUCGUUCGCCAAACAAUGUCUUCUCGGCGUUGAAAACAGAUCCCGAAGACGCUUACGACUCACUCUUCAAAGACAUCGUCACAGAAAUGGUCACCACUUCUGCCGACAAAGACAUCCCAAGAGUUGAACACAAAGUGAAUCCCAUUUCCUAUGAGUUGUCUAAAGAUGGGAUCACUUCUUCGGGCCUUAAAUUCAAUGAAUUUGAAGACAAGUCUUUGGAAGAGAAGGAGAAGAAAGCAAUGGAUCCCAAAUCAGUGGCCAAUGUCUUCAUCCAAGAGAUCAUUAGGUUUAGCAAAAGUGGAGCCAAAGGAACAGUAGAUAAACCGAAAGGUCUCAUGGAAUCAGAUCCUCAAAGAUUGGAACAAAUGCUAAAAAAACACGUUGUCCAUCUCAAGGCUGAUCCCGACCUCGAAGUAGAUGGAAUCACUUCUUCGGGCCUUAAGUUCAAUGAAUUUGAAGACAAGUCUUUGGAAGAGAAGGAGAGGAAAGCAAGAGAUCCGAAAUCAGUGGCCAAUGUCUUCAUCCAAGAGAUCAUCAAAUUUAGCAAAACUGGAGCCAAAGGAACAGUAGAUCAACCGAAAGGUCUCAUGGAAUCAGAUCCGCAAAGAUUGGAACAAAUGCUAAAAAGUUUGUGCGAAGAAGUGACGAAACUACUUAAGAGUGAAAGCCAUUGUCUGUCGAUUACAUCACCGGUGGUAGUGGUCGGGGAUAUUCACGGAAACAUUGAAGACCUGUUGACCAUUGAGAACACAUUGUCCAUCUCUAGACUGAUCCCGACCUCGAAACUGAUCCCGACCUCGAUGUAUCUCUAUUUAGGCGAUUAUGUGGAUCGCGGGAAGUGGUCCGUCGAGUGCGCUAUUUAUCUCUUGUCUCUGAAAGUACUGUCGCCUCAAAACAUACAUCUCUUGCGCGGCAAUCAUGAGGUCCGAGAGCUUCAAGAGUUCUUCACAUUCAAAGAGGAAUGCACUGCGAAAUACGGGCCACAGAAUCGCGUCUAUCAUCUGCUGAACGACGUGUUUGACUGCCUGUCGGUGUCGGCCGUUGUGGACGACACCAUCUUCUGCUGUCACGGAGGCAUACCGUCCAGCGUUCACACCAUUCGUGAGAUACAAGCGAUUCCGAAGCCAUUGAGAGAUCCGUCGGCUGUUGAGUGUCUGCCCGCACACGAGCUCUUGUGGAACGACCCGAGCACUCAAGAAUAUUUCGAUCAAAACGAUUUGUGCGACCAAUGA